AGUUCAAAAAAGAAGUUAGCCCCAAGAUCCAGUUUACAAUUCAAGGUCGGUCCUCAGUUCACACCGACAUUUGUUCAACAUGCCAUUUUAAACUCAAAAGGAGAACAAUUGACCCCAGUUUUAACACCACGUAUAGACAGAGGCUUUGAAAGAAUUGACAAUGAGUGGGUUGGUUACAAACGGAAUUAUUUCACACUAGUCAGCUCUUACUAUUUUGAAAAUCUAUCGUUUCUGACGUUUGCUGCUGAUGACCAUUACAUUAUCAAUCCUGAAACAAAUCUGAAAACCAAAAUCAAAUACUUUGGCAUCAGGUUGACCUCAAAAUGUGCUGAUGAUGGAACAAACGUCACCUUAGUCCAGCAUACCGCAAAAAGAGAUAGAGGACCUCAGUUUGAACCACCAACUCAUCCAGCAGUACCUAGUGAUCUUCCAGAUCACAAUAUAAUUAGAGAGGCAGCAAAUGUUAGAAACACAUCAAAAAUAGCCAAAUUGAAUAGAAUAUUCUUUUUUGAUAGGGAUGACAAAAGUAAUGAUGAGCUGAAAAUCAAGGGUUUAUUGGAAUACCCAACAGAUAAAAUAAUCAAAGUUGCACGUUAUGAAAGAAUCCAGUUUUCAUCAUCCAUAAAUUAUAAAAAGCCGGCAUUGAAUAACAAGAGAUUCAAAUUAAUCGUUGAGCUCGUUGGUUUCAUAGACUCCAGCAGCUGUUUGUCAUUAGCCUAUACUGAAACACCACCAUUGAUUGUGCGUGGACGCUCACCAUCAAAUUAUCAAGGGCGCGAAGCUGAUCAAUAUCAGUCAGACACUCAA